AAUAAUAUAUAUCUGUAUUCUCCAUUGAUCUGACUCCUUUGGAGAGCAACACAAAGCGCUCUCUCGAUUUCUUGUCUGAUUGAUCACCAAUGGCCAAGAGCAGGCAUGGGAGACGAGAGUUGCAUUCUUACACCAUUAGAGGCAUGUACACAAUGAACAGAACUGUCAGAGCUGGGGACGCUGUGUUCAUGCGGUCACCGGAGACGGAGAAACACCCUUACGUGGCAAUCAUCCAGAAGAUUGAGGCGGAUGACCGCAACAACGUGAACGUUCAUGUGAGGUGGUACUACCGGCCGGAGGAGACAAAGAGAGGGCGGCAAAGGUUUCAUGGGAUCAGAGAGUUAAUGAUGUCGGACCACUAUGAUGUUCAAAGUGCUGAGACUAUAGAAAGGAAAGUUACUGUCCACACCUUCAAGGACUACACUGAACUUAAAUUUAUCAGUCCAGCUGAUCUCUACUGGCGCUUUCACUAUAACGCCAAAACUGGAGCCUGUAAGCCAAACCGUGUUGAAGUGUUUUGCAAGUGUAAGAUGCCAUAUAAUCCAGAUGACUGCUUUAUGCUACAAUGUGACAAAUGCAAUGAAUGGUUUCAUCCCAGGUGUUUAGGCAUGUCUAAUAGUGAGGCGAAUAAGCUGGACACUUAUGUUUGCGAAAACUGUGAAUCCGGUAAACAUGUCAGGAAACGUCCGGCUCAGCCUUCUGCUGACCAGGUUGUGCCAAAACGCCUGAGGAUGACUUAGGUUGCAGUUUGAAGAAGAUGGAGGAGGGAUCAGGGAUGGAUGGGUUGCUGUGAUGUACUAGUUUUGAAGGAAUUGAAAUG